AUGGUCAGCAACGGUUCGGUUACCUGCUUGCUUGGAUUCCUCCAGAUUUUCGUUCAGACCGCUCUCUCUAAUCCAGUCGAUGGCGUAAGCAUGGCUUCAAAAGAGGCUGUUCAUACUGCAGCUUGUGCAGCUGUUCAAGAAACGACGCAGAAGGAGGCUCGACCGCAAGAAUCAAGGGUGACCAAUUAG